AUGGCUUCCCAUAACGUUCCCUGGCAACUGAGAGAGUUCUUCUUUGGGCGUUUUGAUAAGAUGUCAAGAAUCACCGUUGUGUGUAACGGAAAUUGUUUCCAGAUACAGCUGUCCCCAUCAAAUUUCUGUCAGUCGCCGUUGGCCUUGGAAACCUACACUCACUUUAUGGAUGCAGUGUGCGACGACGAGGACUAUCGUCUGUCUUAUGCAGCGGAGGAAGAUCUACAUCACUGGGCCUUGACCCCCUUUCUUCCCAUGUUCGCCCAAACAACUCCCACUCCUCCGAAUCAACAACCCUUGACACUGCGGGAUUAUCUAUCACCUGAAAUAUAUCGCUACUCCCUCUAUGCAGUCAAUGAGCGACUCGAGCCGCGUCUGGACUAUGACGUACCUACACAGCCUUGUGUGGCCGGCGUGGACCCAGGAGACAUUACUCUACAUCAUACAUGGCGCCAAUUCGUCCCCGAGAGCAUAGAACUCUGCGUAUCGGACCACGAUGAAGGGCUCUCGCAGCUUCCACGGAAGGUACUAGCCGAUGGCACUGUGUGCUUUUUCAAACCAGUCGACUAUGAUGACAAGCGGGCAGCGAUCCGGGAGAUGGGUGUGUACAAGGAGAUGAAAGCCCAAGGUAUCAGCGACGAAGCCCACGCCCCUCACUUCAUCGGUGUGGUGUGCGAAGAACAAAAUGCUCGGAUUAUCGGCCUUCUGCUAUCGUGGGUGGACUGCGGGAACCGAACCCUUGAAUGUGCACUGCGCCCUGAUACCCCGUUGACAUUGCGUACGAAAUGGGAUCAACAAGUCACGACAGCUUUAGCUUGCUUACACGAUGCUGGAAUUGUUUGGGGUGAUGUCAAGGCGGCCAAUGUCCUGAUCGAUAAUAACGAAAAUGCGUGGGUGGUGGACAAGGAUCAAAUGGAGACAAUACAGGGGGAUACGGCAGGACUUGUGAAGAUAAAGGAACUGAUCCACGCGACAAGAUAA